AUGGCUCAAGACAAUGCAUCGAAAUGGUUAGCUUUGGUGGUAAACGAUGUCGAUGAAGUAGUCCUACAUGGAUUAGCCGGAGUCGAUGCGAUGCGAUCUACUCUUCCUAUGACAAUGAUCGACACCUCAACUGUCGAGAUAAGCAAACUCGCUAUUCUCUCAUGGCGCUGGGAUAUAUGGCACGAUGGAGAGCUUCGACCCUCUCGCAACAUUCUAGCUGACGUGCGCGUCGCGAAACAUUAUGGUAUCGAGUAUAUAUUCAUCGAUUGUCUGGCUAUCGACCAGACGCUGGAUGAACAUCAGCUUAUGGAGCAGGUUCUGUCUUUCUCGAAAAUGUACCAAAGGUUACCUGUCAUAGCGGCAUACGAUAUGAAGGGAGAAGACUACGUUAAUACCAUGCGUCGUCCAUGGAUAAUGAGCGAAACCAGGGCCCUGAUCAAAAAUCCAUAUCGAAUUAUCUAUGCGGGCCACGAGACUGAUCGAAGCGAUCAUGAGCAAAUAAACGACAUGGUCGAGAUAAGCUGGCAGUCGACAUUUUUGUCAACAGCGCUCUUACUUCUAUUCGGAGAGAUCACUAUGAAGUGUCUUUCUGACUUCAAGUUCAUUAUGCCAUUUUAUGCACGGGUUCUGACCAAAGCAUUUGAGCAGAUGAGUCGGAAUGAUUAUUUGCUUACUAUCGCACUGCUCUGUGCCGUUGAUAAAGCGUAUGAGCGUAAUGAGGGUGGUCACAAUAGAGAUGGUGAGGACUGGAACAUCUCAAAUCUUGAUUUCGACCAGUACAGCCUGAGGGUCCAUGGGAAGCCCGUCUCAUGGACUAUGAUGGAGUUGUACCUUAUGGGUACUUAUGUUGGCUUGUUCAUAUAUCACCGCGAGCUGCAUCAGCACUCGGUGGAGAUAUUGACUGACCAAACCACUGCGCGUACGAUAUUCACGACACUUGGAUUAGAGGGGGCAGAAUGGGAAGACUUUAUGGCAAAUGAAUCGGAGAGGGAACAGUUUUCGCUGCUUAUGCGACACACUUCUAGACUCCCAAAAAUUGAGUUCAGCGUUGCAGAUGUAUCCCCUGCUCCUGCUUUUGGGGUAAAACGGGUGAACAAGCGUUGGUAUGAUUAUGACUCUUAA